AUGCUCCCGUACAGACAGUGUAUCAACGGCUGCAAAGUGGUGACCCAUUUACGGCGACCAAGCGCGAGACUCGUAGCGCAAAUCGGUAGUCAAGUGAGAUAUCAAUCUACUCAAGCAGCAGUUGCGACAGAACCUCCACUCCCAACCCUGAACGACAAACCCUCUCUUAAGAAGCCACUGAAAAAUGUGAGAAACUCCACUACACCCCAACCCCAAAAGAAAGUGAAUCACAAGCUACAUGAUGUCUCCAAACAAAUCAGCCAAACGUUAGAAUCAAACACCGAUUUGACUGAAUCAAAGGAAAUUUUCGAAGAAGGAAUUUCAUUUCUUCGUGAAGUUCAGCACGAUGAGCGCAUAUCAGAUCGAGACUUGUACAGUGCAUUUCUCCCAUUAGCCACUCAACUACUCGUUAGAGCUAAGAAUGAUGGUGCUGACUUGGGAGAAUUUCUUGAAUUGUUUGUAACGUACCGUGUUGCCCAUCAAUAUCAUUUCACCGUUGUUGCAGCUAACUUGUUGAAAAAUGAGGACGGAAAGCAGGCUGUUUAUCAAAAGAUUAUCCACAUGUGGGUGAAUUUUAUUGAAUACCACAAGUUGAACUUCAUACCCAAUGCAUUUGUUGAAACUGGGGAUUCAAGAAUCAAGUACAACAAAUAUCAACUUUCGCAUCUUGUGUAUUAUGCUUAUGUUUUGUCAUGUUUGCUACAGAAAGCGCCAUAUUCCGAAAAGGAUGCUCUUCGUUUCUUUGAUACACAAAAGGUUCCCUUUUACAACGAAGUUAAGAAUACCCUUUUAAACUACCAUGUAUUCAAUAGACUUGAGUUUGAAAAGUUUAGAGAGUUUUUGGAGGAUGAUAGGAAAUCCAAAAUGGACCCCAACAGUGCUUUUAUGUUGACCAGGAUCAAACGUGCCACUGAUAGAAAAUUGUUGGACGUGAUUUACAAUGAAAUAGCAGAAGUGUGUGAAAAGCGCGACUUGAAGAUUGAGGAGAGGAUUAUGGUCCUAUUGAUGGAAAAGUAUUUCUAUUACGAUGAGUAUGACCAGGUAUUCAGUAUGUUCCAAAACAUCAUGAAGUCUGGUAUUUCACCAUCAAUUGAUGCCUGGAACUUGGUGCUUAGGGCCAUGAUCAAUCCAAAUAGAUUUAGCAAUGCAACACCAAAACAAAAGGAGGAGUAUAUGCACAAAUUUGAACGUACUUUAAAGACAAUACAAGCAGGUGGACUCAAGUACAAUGUAAACACAUUGAGUUCAAUUAUCAGUGCUUACUCCAUUGCAGGCAAAUUUGACAUUGCCGAGGAUUAUGCAAAACAAUAUGCCAGUUUAGGAAUUAACGAUGAGGCGAAAGAUGGAAUAUUAAGAGGGUUAAUUUUCAAUGACAAAAUUGCCGAGGCUGAAGCUAGAAUGCAAGAAUACAUCAAGGAUGGUUCCGACUACAAACCAAAUGUUGGUGUCAUGAACGAUUUCCUCAAUUACUACUUCAAGAAGCAAAAUUACAACGCAAUCUUUGGUAUCAAUGACUUUAUGAAGCAGCACGGGAUCGAGGAAAACGUCGUCACUUUGACCACCAUGAUCAAUGCCUACUUCAAGUACCUUGUAUCGAUUGGGAAAAGUCCUAACCUUGGUGACUUUUUGCAAACUUUGAAAGGUGCUAAAUCACUUAAUGAACAUUCGUUUGCUUCUGUCUUGAACGGGUUAACGCUGUCGGCCAACAUCGAUGCAGCAAGACAGUUGUAUAAAGUGUUGAAGAGAAAGUUUCCAAGAUCUGCAUGGAUUCAAAGUGACAUGUUGGCCGCAGAGUUGACGUUGGGUGACGUAUCCGCUGCAGAACAAAUUUUCGUCCAUUACAUCACCAAGAUUAGAAACGAUCCUAUCAUCUGGAACACAAUGUUGAGGAAUGUCUUGCUUCGUGACGAAAAUAAGGCUUUAGAGUACUAUGAUAAGAUGAAGAGAGCUGGCGAAGUUCAACCUAAUGAAUUCACCUACUACUUUCUUCUUGAUUAUUUCUACAAGAAGCACAAUAAAGAAGUUGUUGAAAAACUCAUUUCUGACUUGGCCAAGAGUUCGUUGACUUCAUAUGGUACGAAGUUGCCAAACGUGCUUUCCAAAAUCCACAACAGAAUAGUUGAGUUGCCAUCCUCCAUUUUGGUUCAAAUCAAGAACAACCAGUAA